AUGAGAUCCUUGAUUGUUCUGGUUUUGUUAUUGGCGAUUGCCUAUGCGCAAUCACCAACCAUUGAGGAUAAGAUAAAAGGUUUGAAUGAUCUUACUGCAAGAUCGGCGGUUGUCAAAUUCAACAUUGACAAAUGGAAGACCUAUGUUCGAUCGCAACCGAGAAAUUAUUCGAUGAUUGUGAUGUUCACCGCGCUUUCGCCAAAUGUUAAUUGCCCAAUUUGCAGACCCGCUUAUGAGGAAUUCAUGAUUGUCGCGAAUUCGCAUCGCUACACAAGUUCGGCCGAUGACAAACGAAAAGUGUUCUUCGGAAUUGUCGAUUAUGAAGAUGCGCCGCAAAUUUUCCAACAAAUGAAUUUGAACACGGCGCCGAUUUUGUUCCAUUUCGGUCAGAAGCUUGGACCGAAGAAGAAGCCCGAACAAAUGGAUUUCCAGCGGCAAGGGUUCGACGCCGACGCGAUUGGACGAUUUGUUGCCGAUCAGACGGAAGUUCACAUUCGCGUCAUUCGGCCGCCAAACUACACCGCGCCUGUCGUCAUCAUCCUCCUCGUCGGAUUGAUCGUCGGUCUUUUCUACAUGAAGAGGAAUAGUUUGGAUUUCUUGUUCAAUCGCACCACUUGGGGACUUUUCUGCUUGGCUAUCACAUUCACCUUCAUGUCGGGACAAAUGUGGAACCACAUUCGCGGACCACCAUUCAUGAUCACCAAUCCGCAAACGAAAGAGGCCCAAUUUGUGCACCAAUCGACGCAAUUCCAGCUGAUUUCCGAGACAUAUAUCGUCGCCUUCUUCUAUGCGUUGGUCACGAUUGGAUUCAUUUGCAUCAAUGAGGCUGGAGACAUGACUGUGAGCGAUAAGAAGAACAAGAAGAACAGUAUUCUGUCGCUUCUUCAAGUCAGCCCAACUACAUUGGCUUUUAUCGGACUAGCGCUGAUCGUUGUCUUCUUCUCGGCUCUUCUCUCGAUUUUCCGCUCGAAAUACCGCGGAUAUCCAUAUUCGUUCCUCUUCCAAUAA